CCGGCAGUGACGGUGACGCACGGUCAAGGCCAUGGACCCCAAGGACCGCAAAAAGAUCCAGUUCUCGGUGCCGGCACCCCCCAGCCAGCUGGACCCCCGCGCCGUCGAGAUGAUCCGGCGGCGGAGGCCCACGCCGGCCAUGCUCUUCCAGCUCUCCGAGCAUUCCUCCCCAGAGGACGAGUCCCUGCCCUACCAGCGCGCCUCCGGUGAGGGCUGCCUGCUUAAACCAAAGAGGACCAACCCGUGUGCCUACACGCCGCCCUCGCUCAAAGCGGUGCAGCGCAUCGUGCAGUCCCACCUGGAGAGUGGCCUGGCCGGGGGUGACAGCUCUGAUGGGGAACCCGAUGACGGGGAGCGCGAGCUGGCCCACGCCUGUGACCCCGACAGCACCCUUGAGCCUGCCCCGGGGAGCCAGGCCAGAGCCGAGCGGAGCUUCUUCCCCGCCGGCCCCAAGGCGCACAAGCGGAAAGGCGGGCAGAAGGUGUCCUUCGCCGGCGGCAUGGAGGAGCGCGGGCAGGACCUGAAGUCGCUGACGGUAUCGGAGAUCCCCGAGGACCCCGAGGGAGCGGAGGGUGACGAGGAGGAGCCGGGACGAGAGCCGGAGGACGGCGGCACCGGGGAGCGGCGACGCGUCGGCUUCGCGGAGGUGCCCCCGCGCCCCGUCGGCACCGAGCGCCACUCGCCCACCUUCCCACUGGGCACCAGUUAGCCGGCGCUGGGCGCCAGCCACCCCGGCUGCCCCCGGCUGCAGCAGCUUCGCCAGGGCCCCCCCAAUUCCAUCCCGCCUGCCCCCCCCCACCACCCCCCCACCCCGCCCUGCCUGCGCUUCGUGUGCCCUGUUCCGCCCCCCCCCCCCCCCCAACACGGUCACCCCGUUUCGGUGCCGGGGGUCCCCUCCCUGGGGAGCCCUCGCACCCCUCCGGUUGCCAGGGCAGGAGCCAGGGCCGGCCCCCCCCCCCCCCCCCCCCCCCCGGGGUGCUGGGGGGGUCUGGGUUCCCCCCUCCAUCUCCU